AAAAAGGUUGGUUGAACACGUCGGAGAGGAGAGGGGGUAAAAGAAAGGGGGUAAAAUUAUGAUGGUGAUUCUGCGCUCAGGGAGGAUUUUAAAGACCGGCAGUUCUUCUUCGUCUUCAUCAUCUGUCGCCUCGAUAAGCCCUAAACAAGUUUCCCAUUUCAAGUUACCAAAGAAACCCGGGUGGAGGACGGUUAAAAGACGAGCUGAUGAUCCAUCUAUGCCAUAUGUAACUGAAGCCUUGAAGUCCUAUAACCAAAAUUCCGGUAAAAGAUAUAAAUUAGUGGAUCCAGGUAGUCUUACAACUGUUAUUCUGGCGAACUACUACCUUUACCAUAUUGACUUUGAGGCUAAGAACACUGAUGCUCCUCAUGCUUCAACGGAGAUGUUUUUUUGCCGAGCUCACAUCUCCUAGCGCUUGGAAGGUUUUGUCCGUCAGGCUCUGUGUAUCCUUGGGGCCAGUAAACUCUAUUUCAGGGGACAUAGAUAAAUUGAAUGGUUGUUAUUAUUGCCGUAGAUUAAACAAUGUUCAUCAUCCUAAAGCUGGAGGGUUUGUACGUGGAGGCGAUACGUUUUACAAAACAGUUGAAGACAUCUGUGGCAUCAAGUUGAAUGCCGAAGAAAAGCACUUACCCAUGCUUAAAGAAGUUUCUCAGAAUUUUGAAUGCAAUAAGGAGAGUGUAAUAGGGGAACAAGUUGAUGAUGCAACACCUUAUUCAACUGAAGCCAUAACGUUCUUCAACCGAAAACCACAUAGAAGCUACGAACUGAUGGAGCCGGGUUUCUUUACACGGGUGGUCCUGCCGACAUGCUCACUUAUUCAUGUCAACUUCACGGCCAAGGAGACUGAUGUUGAUGUUGCUCGCGAGUUGUUUUUUGCCGAACUGACAAGUACCGGCGAGGUUCUAUCUUGUAACUUUUGUGUACGCUUGCAUCCAAGAGACUCAGCCUUAGGAGAUGAAAUAGGAGAUAAAACGAAUGGCUGCUAUUAUUGUCGCAAGUAUAACAAUGUUCUGCAUCCUAAACAUGGAGGAUUCGUACGUGGCGGUGAUUCAUUAUACAAGACUUUUCCCUAGAAAUGGGCUUCCUUUGCUGAGAAGAGACACAAUUGAUCAACUCUUUCACAGCUUGCUAAGUUUCAGCACCUAGAUUCCAUGAGAUACUAUGGAUAGAACUCUUUUGACAUCCAACUGUUUCUUUGAGUCUGAACUAGGAUUUUUUUAUCUACAGAACCGUAUUUGAUGGUGCAUGAGUGUGGACAAUGAAUUGCAUAUGAUGCUUAUUCUCCGGUUAAGUUUAUAAAAUUUCGAACUGGUCAAUAUUUGCUGGUA